AUAUUAUUUUUUUAACAAAUCAAAUCAAAGUGAAAAUAAACAAAUAAAGGAAGUUUUUAUUAAUAUAAUAAGAGCAAAGAAAAACAAUCGUCCCUGCGCUUUGCGCUCACUCUCCGUGCCCGCGCUCGCUCGGAAGAAAUAAGUCGGUGUGAGUGGUCAAUUGCCAUUCAUUAGAAGAAAACAAACGCCUUUUCUCCAAAGCUUUUCUUCUUUUGCUAUUCUUCGCACUCCCAAGGUUCCUUUAUUUUUUAUUUUUAUUUUUUCCAGCGAUUCAGAGUCGGUUUUCAAAGCCUGCUUGUUUAUACUCUGACUCUCUGUUUCUAAAAGCGGCUCCAUCGAUGUAUCGGUAGCUCUGUGUUCUCCAUCACAUUUGGCGAGGAAGAAGAAAAGCUAGACAUGUUUCAGUCACCGUGAUUGCAAAUAAUAUCAGAUUAUCAAUGGAAAAUAGUUUGCAAAAGACUUCGAAUACAGGUGGUUCCAAACAUUAUAUUAUGCUCACGAAGGAUCGGAAACCCAUAAGUCGGACCUUAUGUGACUGUGCACCUGACGGAGUGCCUUCUCAUUGGAGCUUGGGUGAUUUUGUUCAAAGAACAAAGAUACAUUCUCUUCCCAGUUUACCUCGAUUCGGUCUUUACCCAGCUGGAGAGAAUUCUCGUGAUCGUAAGGAGUGGCAAAUAUUUUUGAGAUAUAUUAUGAAUAAGGACAUGGUUGCUAUUUCAAAAUCCGAGUUCUAUGAGUUCUACAUAUUUCCUCCGAUUGAAGCAUUAGAAUCUAGCCAUACUUGUGUUGCAUACAAAAUGGUGAAGCCAUAUCCUGUUGAUGCUUCGAUGCUUAAAAGUGAAAAUUAUGGACUUUUGCAUCCUACAGUAAAUUCUCACAUGGAUGCUAUCCUUGUGCCGCCCUUAAGAGCUUCUCCUGCGCCCCAUCUUCACUUUGAGGAGCCUGCUAGGAGAGUAGAUUUAACUACCAGUGAGGAGACUGGAUCCUCUAAAUUUUCACCAUCAUUUGGAGACCAUCCGCAAGUGUCAAAUAUUGAAAAUAAUGGCAGACCCAAGCCUCAUGUGCUGAAGUAGGAUGC